AUGAGCAUGCUGAGGAAUCCCCCGGGUUGUGAAGUAAAGUAUACCCGUAAAGGUGAUACUCCAUGUCAAGCUGUUUUAUGCGUCACUCCCAGUGACACCUUAGCGCUUGUGCUAUCUCAUGAUGUAGUGGUAGAAAUAACAUUGCACAAGCAUAUUCGUAUUUGCCGUAUUGGCGGAGUCGCGGCCACUAUUUGUCGCGGAGGCCGGGUUGCAGCUGUGCACCAUCCAUGCGUUGAGAUAGUUCAGCAAGAAACACAAGUGCUUUUCGAUAUGGUACAAGGACCACGGGUUCGAGCUACUAGAGAUACAGUUCACGUCCUUGGCGUAAAAGGAAAGGACCAAACAGCGCGAGUGCACUCGAUUACUAAACAAGAAGUGCUAACCCAUGAAGACUUGUCUGUCGCAACGGAUAAAUUUUGCUUGCGGCGUGAUAUUGACGCAACGGCAGCUUUAUUUUUGGAUGAUGUAGCGGGUGGGGAUAUGUUCGGCAUCUAUAACGACAAGCGCGAUCGUUGCUUGUUGGCAGCCCGUCAAGCAACUGUGGAACAGAAAGGCAAUCAACUGAACGCCAUUGUUCAAGGGGUCAAAGUAAAGCAUGAGAUGAACUGUGGUGAUACACGAAUUUAUUGUGGACGAAAUUUCAUUUCCUUGUGUGUUGCAACGCAUGCGCUUACGCUGCACUCUCCAUGGGUCGACAUAAACGUUGAUCGCUGGUCACGAACACGUUUACGUCGUGGAGAACAGAUUAUUGAGACGGAUUGCAAGCGCCUGCAGAUAAGCCAAAAUAAUAUGAGCGCUGAUUUUGCUCUAAGUCCAGUUGAACUCGCCGAUGACCCUGCACCAAUCUGCAAAUCUGAUAAAAAUCAUCAUUCAAAUCUUAGUCUUGAUGUCGCUGUUGAUGUCGACGCUAGUCCUGGUCCCAAUUUCAGCUUUGAAGCUGGCGAAACCACAAAUGACAACUCAUAA